CACCUCCAAAAUGGCUUGGUCAAAGUUCCUGUUUCUUAUUGCUAUUUUUGCUUCUAAUUCUGUUGCAUUGCAUAAAGAAGCCACUCAACCUCAGACAAGUCACCCAAAGCUGUCAAUCCUCCUUAUCCACUCAUUCUUUCCCUCUCACACCUUUCCCCUAAUCUCUCUUGGAGCAGAGCUGGCCUCAAGGGGCCACAAUGUAUCUUGCUUUGGUUCUGUGACAGCAGAUUUUGAAACCCGCCACAAAGAACUACUUAAAUCAAAUGGAAUAAAUUAUUUGAAUACUACUCUUUUUGACACGAGUAUCUUUGAUGAAUUCAGGCAAAUGACCAAAGACAAUGGUACAAUAUUUGGAAUGUUUCCUGCUAUCAUCAAAUUUCUUAAAUUAUUUACAUCGGAGAACUUUUAUAAUUGUUCUACAAAUGUUAGUGGGUUUGACUAUAUCAUAGCUGAGCAAGCUGCUGGUCCACUUCUCUAUGACUUGAGUAGUAGAUGGAACAACAGCAACACAAUGUUACUUAUACUGCAAACUGAAGUCACCCCACGCUAUCUCCAAGCAUGGCCUUAUCCAAGGUAUUUGGCACCUUUCAGUGAUAACAUGACAUUCCUUGAGCGAUUACUCAAUACUGGAGUAUAUGUAAUCACAGAACAAGUUAUGUCCUGGCUCUUCCCCCUUCUAAUGAGGUUUAAUGGUUUAAAGAACAUGCCGUCUGACUUUCUAUCAAUGGUAGUGUAUCAACCAACACUUCACGAUACUGUCAUUGGACUGGAUUGGCCUAAAGCUAUUCUACCGUUGCAACAUUAUGUCGGUCCCAUGUUCCUCCCUCAUCCUCCUCCUCUUGAGCCUUCUCUCAUCAACUGGCUUGAGAGAGAGGGAAAAGAGACAGCUCCUGUCAUUGUGAUCAGCAUGGGCACAACUGCAGAUAUAACCAAAAAAAUGGCAGAAGCUUUCAUUUCUCUUUCUUCGGAUUACAGACUUGUCUGGUCACUGCGUAAAUCAAACCAACAUGUAUUAUCUGGACUUCAAAUUAACAAAAGUCUCGUACAUGUAACACCUUGGCUAUCCCAAAUAACAAUGUUAAAACAUCAUUCAGUUAAAUUGGCUAUACUUCACUGUGGACUGAAUGGUGUCCAUGAGUCCUUGUAUAACAGAGUACCAGUGUUGUGCAUACCUUAUGGCAUAGACCAGCAUGACAAUGCCUUUAAACUUAAACAUUUUAAGCUAGGCCUCUCUCUCCUUCCACACGAAGUCAAUAAUGAGACAUUAAGGAAUGCUGUGACAUCAUUGCAAGAUAAGGUUUACUAUGAUAAUGUGAACAAGAUUAGUGUUCUAUUCAAAGCUGCAGGAGGAGUAAAGAGAGGAGCUGAUCUAGUUGAGUUAUAUGCGGAGGUUGGAUAUGAGCAUGGCCUACCCUCAUUUGUGCGCUACCAAUGGGGCUUCAUACAGUAUUACAAUAUUGAUGUGUGGAUAGUGUUGGGUCUCUUACUGAUGCUAUCAUUCAUUGGGUGCAGGAAACUAUGUAAAAGAUGCUGCUGCUCAAGAUGUUGCAUGAAGAAAGAAGUUAAAAGAAAAACAGAAUAGAUUGUGAUGGAAUUUUUUUUAAUCAAUUAUUUUCCCUUUUUUGGUAUUUUUUGAAAUUUUGAAGUUUUUGAAGUGAAGAUUAAACCAAAAA